GAACUUUAAGUACGUUUGUGCUGUUUUUCAGUACGUUAAUUAGUGCCUUGUAAAUUUGACUUUUUUUAAGAAAAAAAGUGAAUAAAAAGAAGAGUAUUGUUUAAAAAUAUUCAUACAAUAUUUUCCAUUUAUUAUUAAAUUGAUAUCGAAGCAUAGUCAGUUAUGGCAGGAAACGUAAUCACAACUAGAUCUCUAGGUGCCGCCGUAGAAGGAGUUAAAGAUCAAUAUGCUGAUGGCAAAGCUGCCAAAGUUUGGGAGCUAUUUAUCGGCGACAAAAACUCUAGAACGCAAAACUAUAAAAACUUUUUAAUUGGUCUCUUAAGAGAAAGAGGGUGCAAAAGAAUUAUGGAUGUUGCAUGUGGAACAGGCAUUGAUUCUGUUAUGCUAGUGGAAGAAGGUUUUGAAGUGGUAUCAGUCGAUGCUUCCGAUAAAAUGUUAAAAUAUGCACUAAAAGCCAGGUGGAACAGAAGAAAAGACCCUGCUUUUGACAGAUGGGUUAUUGAAGAGGCAAACUGGUUAACUCUGUACGAUGAUAUAGAAGAUUUGGUUGGAGAGGGAUUUGACGCAGUUAUAUGCUUAGGAAAUUCUUUUGCUCACUUGUUAGAUGAUUUUGGAGAUCAAAGGGAACAAAAACAAGCCUUAAGAAAUUUUGAAAAAUGUGUCAAACCGGGUGGCAUCCUACUCAUCGAUCACAGAAAUUAUGAUAACAUUAUUGACAGUGGGAAGACUGCGAUAAAAAGUGUUUACUAUAACCCUACGCAUACCACAGAUAUAAAGACAUCGGUACUGUACGUAAGCGGAGUGCCUGCCUUAGUAUCGUUAGACUAUUUGAUAGACUCAUCAUCUGACAAGGAGAAGGAACAAUCUGAUUUCAUUUCCAAUGAAGGCUGUAUUAACGAAUUCCGAUUGUCUUACUACCCACACCGGCUCAAAGUAUUCAAAGAUAUGCUUAAAGAUGCCUUUGGUGAAAAUUCCAAAUACGACAUAUUCGGGGAUUUCAAGAGACUAGAUGAAAUUGAAACUCCCAACUUUUACAUCCAUUUAGUGGAGAAAUACAAAACACAUUUUUAAACUUAUUACAUUACACAGCUAUUUAUUUGUAAAUUAAGAUCUUAUUUAUCAGUUAUGCUACUUAUAUUAGUUUCAAAUGUAAAAUUUAUCUAGUUUUAAGCGUCAUAUAAAAAUGUUAUUUUUGUAUUAAAA